AUGUAUGAAUAUCGUAUCUACGUAAGAUUCAUCUACUGCAUUCCAUCAUGUGUCCUCUAUGUAUUUGUGCUCAUUGCACUCUUCAAAGAGCACAAAGGAGUUCCAGGACGAUUCUAUUCACUGCUGAUAGUACAGGCACUUCUUAACGUCCUUGUUUUUGUGAAUUCUUUUUAUGUUGUUCAAAUGGCGAAUAUUACUAACGAGAGCAACUGGUGGAGUGGAAUUUACAACAGGACACCGUUAUUUAUAACGUCAAUAAUAUGGAGCUAUGGGUUUCCAAGUAGCGUUGCGAUCACACUGCUCACGCCAUUCUGGUCUGUAUACCCGUUGCUUACUCAUUCCAGUUAUUUUAUAAUCGACAAUAAUACUAACUGCUUCGAUGUCACUUCCACCGCGCGCAAUUUUGAACUCGCCGCUUAUUUUUUUAAGCAGAGAGGCAUUCUCGCAAUACUUUGGCGUGGAUCCUUAAUCUAUCCAGUACUGAUUAACAUGGGAAAGAUCAUGAGCGAAUUAUUUAUAUUUCUGACCGUGCUUUUAGUAGCUACAUCGUUAGUGAACUGUGUUUCCGUUAUUCUACUUUUCAUUCGCUCAAAACGAUAUCAUGACAAAGCUGAAAGGAACAUGUUUAUCUUGGCAUUCCUUGAUUUUCUUAUUCAAGUCACGUUUUAUAUACUCUUUGCUCUCAUUUAUAAGCGUGCAGAUAAUAACGGUAUAACGGACUUCUUGGUACCAUAUGCCUCCGAUGUGGUCACCUUCUCGAACGCUUACCUACUUAUCAUUCUGAACAAGAAAAUUCGCCGACGAGUGUCGAUUUUGGUCAAAUGUCGAGGUUUGUUGCCAUACUAG